AUGGAACAGGAAGAAGCAAUACAUGGAACAGGGAGAAGCAAUACAUGGAACACGAAGAAGCAAUACAUGGAACAGGAAGAAGCAAUACAUGGAACAGGAAGAAGCAAUACAUGGAACAGGGAGAAGCAAUACAUGGAACAGGAAGAAGCAAUACAUGGAACAGGGAGAAGCAAUACAUGGAACAGGGAGAAGCAAUACAUGGAACAGGGAGAAGCAAUACAUGGAACAGGAAGAAGCAAUACAUGGAACAGGGAGAAGCAAUACAUGGAACACGAAGAAGCAAUACAUGGAACAGGAAGAAGCAAUACAUGGAACAGGAAGAAGCAAUACAUGGAACAGGGAGAAGCAAUACAUGGAACAGGAAGAAGCAAUACAUGGAACAGGGAGAAGCAAUACAUGGAACAGGAAGAAGCAAUACAUGGAACAGGGAGAAGCAAUACAUGGAACAGGGAGAAGCAAUACAUGGAACAGGGAGAAGCAAUACAUGGAACAGGAAGAAGCAAUACAUGGAACAGGGAGAAGCAAUACAUGGAACACGAAGAAGCAAUACAUGGAACAGGAAGAAGCAAUACAUGGAACAGGAAGAAGCAAUACAUGGAACAGGGAGAAGCAAUACAUGGAACAGGAAGAAGCAAUACAUGGAACAGGGAGAAGCAAUACAUGGAACAGGAAGAAGCAAUACAUGGAACAGGGAGAAGCAAUACAUGGAACAGGGAGAAGCAAUACAUGGAACAGGGAGAAGCAAUACAUGGAACAGGAAGAAGCAAUACAUGGAACAGGGAGAAGCAAUACAUGGAACAGGGAGAAGCAAUACAUGGAACAGGGAGAAGCAAUACAUGGAACAGGGAGAAGCAAUACAUGGAACAGGGAGAAGCAAUACAUGGAACAGGGAGAAGCAAUACAUGGAACAGGGAGAAGCAAUACAUGGAACAGGAAGAAGCAAUACAUGGAACAGGGAGAAGCAAUACAUGGAACAGGGAGAAGCAAUACAUGGAACAGGGAGAAGCAAUACAUGGAACACGAAGAAGCAAUACAUGGAACAGGAAGAAGCAAUACAUGGAACAGGGAGAAGCAAUACAUGGAACACGAAGAAGCAAUACAUGGAACAGGAAGAAGCAAUACAUGGAACAGGGAGAAGCAAUACAUGGAACACGAAGAAGCAAUACAUGGAACAGGAAGAAGCAAUACAUGGAACAGGGAGAAGCAAUACAUGGAACACGAAGAAGCAAUACAUGGAACAGGAAGAAGCAAUACAUGGAACAGGGAGAAGCAAUACAUGGAACAGGAAGAAGCAAUACAUGGAACAGGGAGAAGCAAUACAUGGAACAGGGAGAAGCAAUACAUGGAACAGGAAGAAACUCUAGAAAUGGGAGAACAUCAGAGAGCCCAGGAAGAGAGCAGAGGGCCAGAAAUGAAUACCUCAGUGUGAGGAAAGAAGCGGAAGGAAAGUCUGAAGAUGACAUUGAGAAACAAAGCCAAGACACAACCAAAACUGUGUCACAGACGCAUCAGUAG